CGAAGGGUCAUUGAAGUCCACGUUUCCCAUGAUGCAGUGCGGCACAGACCCGGCGGAGACAUUCAAAACUAUGGCUGAAGAGUCGGAUGUAUCUAAACCAACUUUACGCUGUGAGGACACAGAGGACACGUCCAUCGUUGGCAGCGGGGACAAUGGGAUAAAGACACGUCUGAGGUUUUCUCCGGAUAAAGAUACGAGCUCAACUCGGGAGCACGACACGACGAGUGAAGUCCCAACUUUACACCGUGUUCCCGAAGACUCCCAUUCAUACCGAGCGUCUGCGGAAACAGCCGAACAGCUCUCGGGCGAGGCCGCACACACACCUUUACACUCGGAAACCGAAAGAGACUUGAAAGACGUCUCCAUUGAAAACAGGUUGAAUUCAAAUGAGCCGAGUGUAAACAACGCGGAGGAGAAGGAGAACAUCGCUGCAGAUAUUGGCCAGGAAGAAGAGGAAAACAGGCCUGGUCAGAAAGGUUUGAAUGAUUCCAGUGUGACUGCCAGUAAACACAGUAACACAGAGGACAAUGAUGCUGAGGUGGCGAGAAGAGCACGGGAGCAAGGCUAUGUGAGCGUCGUCUUCCCUGGCACGGUGACUCAGGAAGGCUGCUGCCGCUUUGUCAGCGAGAUCCUCAAGUGCAUUCUCUAUCAGAGACAGCAACUACCCAUGACGUAUGACCAGCUGGUUUAUUCCCAGAAGAAGCAACAGGCCUCAAUGCAGGAUAAAGACCCAGUGAUUCGCAGACCAGUGCAGUCAGCAGACAUGGACUGGCGCAAGUCUCAGCAAACCCUUCAGGAUCUGGAGGAGUUGCUGCAGCAGCUGGAGGUGCUUUUUUCCCUGAGCAGGGUGCCCCGCGUGCUGCUCCUAAUGGGUGGCUCCCUCAUCCUGCCCAAAGAGCUGUAUGAGAUCAACCUGGAGGGGCUGGUGUCGGCUGGUGGGGAUCAGUGUCUACGGGUGUCCUCGUGCUUAAGGCAACUCUUCCGCACGCUUUUCGUGGCGGACCUUUUGUCUGACACCAGACCUGUUCGUUUAAUGCCCACCACAGUCUUAGUGCUCGCUCACAGGGAUUGCGGUGUAGGCUGGUUCCGCCCUAAACUACAAUUUAAAGUGCCAACUCGUGUAAGGAACCAAGUUAUUGCUCUUUCCACUGAUCCCAGCAAGGACACAAGGGCAGAGGGGUCAGACUGGCAGGAUUAUGUGUGGUUUCAGGCCCCAAUGACGAUCAAGGGCUUCAGCAACUCACCCAAGUCGGGGAGCAAAUAGUCUGUGAGAUUAAAGCUCUCUUUCUUAUACCUUAUAUUACAUUUUAAUGGUGGUUCAAGUGAAUUUUGAAUUGAGCUGUACAUGUUUUAUUGAAUUAUGAGGUAAAACUUUUUCUACUCAUGAUUAAAAGUCUGUUAGCUCAAACUAUAGUGGGUGUAUUGACACAAACUUUUCUCUUACUGUCUUCUGAAAUAUUUAGAAAAUUUGUUCUCAAGAUGCUUUGUUGGCAUUUGAUAAAAUCAGUUGGGGAAUAUUUUAUUUUUUUAUAUUUAUUAAGAAUGUUUUACAUAUUUUGUAUCACUAAUUUGUAAAGAUAUUAAAGGGAUAGUUCGCUGAAAUAUGAAAAUUCACUCAUUAUCUACUCACCACUAUGCCGAUGGAGGGGUGGGGGGGAAGUGUUUGAGUCCACAAAACACUUCUGGAGUCUCAGAAGUAAAUUUUGUUGCAGAAGGGUCCAAUACAAUUGAAGUCAAUGGUGAACUACACUUCAGACGUAAUAAAACAAGCCUAAAAGUCCACUACCGGAAGUGGUGAUGCUAGCGGACGUAGCUACACAAUGUAUAGAUAUCAGCGGACAUUCAAGCUUAAAACAUGGUGCAAGUGAUGCCGUUUGGAGUUGAAAAUGAAUGUCGGGGCAUGCAGGCACUUGAAUGACACAACACGAGCAGUAUAGAGGCAUGUUGUGUGUUUUCUGUUUUAUUAUAUAUAUGAAGUCCAGGUGUUUUGUGGACUCAAACACUUCACCCACACCUCCAGCGACUUAGUGGUGAGUAGAUAAUGAGUGAAUUUCAAUUUUUCAGUGAACUAUCCCUUUAAACACAGACCAAGACGCAUAAUACUGGUGCAAUAUCAUUCUAACUUACUUAACAUGAGAGGUUUAACACGUUAUAUUGCUUUAUUUAAUACAAUCUGUAGACACAUUGGAUUGCCAGUAUCAUCUGUGUACAUGUUUACAUUUAUCUAAACCUUCAUAUGAUUUCAGCAGUGUUGCAAUUUUGUGGACACCUUGAGAAUUGGAUGUGUUGUUGUGUGGGAGGGAUCAUAGACACAAAGAUUUGUUUAUGUGUUCCAUCAUUAAAAAGACAUGUAACAUAACAUUGGUCUGCGAGUGCAUUAAGUGGUUCAGAAAACGAAACUGGUUAUAGGAACCAGCAGCUGCUGUAUGGAGCCAAAUCCAGGCCAUAGUUCUGAUCAUUUGAAGUCUGAAACUGAAAAAAUACGAUCUGAAACUGAAAAAAAGAUCUGGAACUGAAAAAAGAUUUGAAUCUGUAAAAGAAUAAGAUCUCAAUCCGAAAAUAUAAAAUCUGCAAUGGAAAACCAUAAGACCUCAAAUAUCAAAAUAUAUAUGAAAAUAAAUAUUGUAUUCAAAACUAUUUAACACCCAAAAACGUUUUAAUACAUUGUUGUAUUUUUCAAAGUUCCAGAUCAAACCGUCCUUUUUUAAAUUGUUUAAAAAUGAUCAAAACUAUUGGCUUGGAUUUGGCUCCAUACUUGGGCUCCACAAAAAGCUGCAAAUUUGACAAUGAUCAUGUCCAGAGGGAACAUGCUCAGUCUAGUGGCCACAGAUAUCCCUGUUCUGAAUACAAUUUAAGAAAUGUUUGGGUCUCAAGGGAUGUAAAGGUCAGAUUAGCUAAAUAAAAAAAAUACAGUUUG